CGGGAAAAUGCUGCUCGAGAGAAUAAAGAGGAACAACGAUCGCACCUUUGUGAAUUUCGCAACCUACCGGAAGUUAUGACUAACGUCACCGGAGAUCGCAACGGAGACGGACGUUCAACCGCCGUCACGGAGAGUUCGCCUCCGUCUGAUCCUCCAAUCCGUGUCUACGCUGAUGGGAUCUACGAUCUGUUCCAUUUCGGCCACGCUCGAUCUCUCGAACAGGCUAAGAAAUCGUUUCCAAACACUUACCUUCUUGUGGGAUGCUGCAACGACGAUACUACUCAUAAGUACAAGGGAAAGACUGUGAUGAAUGAUCAAGAACGAUAUGAAUCUCUUCGACAUUGCAAAUGGGUGGAUGAAGUUAUCCCUGAUGCACCGUGGGUGAUCAACCAAGAGUUUCUUGACAAACACCGUAUUGCCUAUGUGGCCCAUGAUGCUCUUCCGUAUGCUGAUGCUAGUGGAGCUGGAAAAGAUGUCUAUGAGUUCGUCAAAAAAGUAGGGAGGUUCAAGGAGACUAAGCGAACUGAAGGGAUAUCUACUUCGGAUAUAAUAAUGAGGAUAGUGAAAGAUUAUAAUCAGUAUGUCAUGCGUAACCUUGACAGGGGAUAUUCAAGGGAGGAUCUUGGAGUUAGCUUUGUCAAAGAGAAGAGACUUAGAGUUAAUAUGAGGUUGAAGAAACUUCAGGAGAAGGUCAAAGAACAACAAGAAAAAGUUGGGGAAAAGAUCCAAACUGUGAAAAUGGUACGUAAUGAGUGGGUGGAGAAUGCAGAUCGUUGGGUAGCUGGAUUCCUUGAAAUGUUUGAAGAAGGCUGCCAUAAGAUGGGAACUGCCAUCAGAGACCGAAUCCAAGAGAAGUUAAUGAGACAGGAGUCCAAAGAGUUGCUCGAGAAGGGUCAAAACGGUCAGCGUGAAGACACGGAGGAACAGUUCUACGAAGAAUAUUUCGAGCAUGACAUUGUUGACAGCUGUGAAGACAAUGAAGACGAUGAAGAAGAGUACUAUGACGAGAUUGAAGAGCAAUGUAGUAGUGCCUCAAAAGCUUUAAAAAGUAACUAGAUCGAGGAACAAAAAAUUUAUGUUGUUUUAGUGCCCUAUUGUUCACUGCUUUUGCAGUAAAAAUGCUUAUCAACAUGACUUAUUAGUUAGCUAUAAGAGUUUAGUAAACGUUUGUGUGAUCUUUUUUUAUACACAUCAUCCUUUUGCUGCCCCCUUUUUAUUAGAUUUUUGUUUUUUGUGUAA